GAGAUGGGGGGCAGCGGCGGCAGCGGCAGCGAGGGGAGCGAGGAGGAGGAGGAGGAGGAGCAGGAGGAGGGGCCGCGGGGCAAGCGGAAGGGGCAGCAGCAGCAGCAGCAGCAGCAGCAGCAGCAGCAGCAGCAGCGAGGGCAAAUGCAGCGGUCGCGCGGGGGCGCGCGGGCGGCGCCGGCGGCGCGGCAGCCGGGCAAGGGACAGAAGCAGCAGCGGCAGGGGGGCGGCGGCGGCGCCGCCCAACCUCGGAAGAAGCAGCGGCCUGCACAGGCAUAG